AUGCUCAGCAUACGAUUCAUUGUAUCUCUUGCCUGCCUGCUAUCUAUCAUUACCCAUGCCGACGCAGCGGGACAGAAGUGCAAGUGUACACCGGAUGAAAUCUGCUGGCCGUCUACUGAUGAAUGGAGCAACUUGAACAAAACACUCCAUGGCGCACUGAUUCGUGGUAUUCCUCCAGGUGCAGUUUGUUACCCUUCACGACCUGAAUUCGAUCAGCAAGCAUGCGCUUCUGUUGCCUCAGAAUGGUACAAUUCCUCAUAUCACGCUACGAAUCCGGUCAGUAUUGAUUAUCCGAUAUGGGCAAAUAACUCGUGCAAUCCCAUAUUUCCUAACGGCACUGGCAUCACUGGCAGUCCAUACGAUAGGGCAAAUGGCUGUAGUAUUGGCAAUUACCCAGCUUAUGUAGUAAAUGCGACCUCCGCAGAUCAAGUCAGCAAAGCUUUGGUAUGGGCAGGUGCAAGGAACAUCCGGCUCGUUGUCAAAGCGACGGGCCACUCAUACCAAGGUCGCAGUACUGGACACGGCAGUUUGAGUAUCUGGACACACCAUAUGCGCGGUAUCGACUACAUCCCUUCCUUUCAACCCACAUCAUGUUCCUACAAAACGCCAUUGACUGCAGUUCGCGUAGCAGCCGGUCACACGAAUAUUGAUAUUCAGGAAGCAGUCGCGAUGCAUGGAAUGGCCAUCGUGACGGGCGCUAAUCCAAGCGUUGGGCUCAUCGGAUGGCUCACAGGUGGUGGUCAUGGUCCACUCUCUACUCGUUAUGGCAUGGGUGCUGAUAACUUGCUUGAAGCUACCGUUGUUACACCGGACGGCAAAGUGGUUCUUACAAACCCAUGUCGCAAUGAAGAUUUGUUCUUUGCUAUACGAGGCGGAGGCGGAAGUACAUUCGGGGUUAUCACUGAGGUUGUCGUCCGCACAUUUCCUUCUCCCAGCACCAUCGCGCAUACGUUCCAAGUUCGUUCAAAAAGCUCGAUCACGGAAGCCGAGUUCUACGAUUUCCUAGGCUUCUUGCACUCAAAAAUGCAGAUGCUGAAGGAAAACGGCAUGCAAGGUUACUACUUAGUAGUUGGGCCGCCUAUAGUCCCUACUCUAUCGUUUUCAUGGACAUUCCUGCUUUAUGACACACCGAGUGGAACGAUCAAGCGACUCAUGGAUCCUGUGGAAGCGUACUUGUACGAUAGGAACUAUGCUUUCGAAUGGCAAUCUGUCAUGACGCAAACGAAAACGUACCUGGAGAUGCAUAAAGCCAACUUCACGAACGAACAAGUCGCAAAUGGCGGUUCAGCUUAUGGAUCGAGGUUACUCAGUGCCGAGAGUCUAGCGAAUGCGAACAAGACUGCGGCAGUUCUCUCAGAGAUUGGCCCCAGAAAUGAAGCGUUGAAACCAAGUGGCCCGGUAGCAAACACUCUCCUAAUCGGUCACAUGAUCGCCUCGCCUAACGAGCCACGUUACUACCCCACCCACAGCUCCCUUAAUCCCGCAUGGCGCGAGACUCUUACGCACCUCAUCGUCGUAUCUCCUUUCGGUGACAUUGCGUCUCAAAAGCUCGUCGAUGCUGUAUACACUGAUACCACGUACAACAAGACCGAAGCCCUCCGCAGACUCAGCCCAAACACUGGAGCGUACUUCAACGAAGGAGACAUCUAUGAGCCGGAAUGGCAGUAUGCGUUUUGGGGUGGCAAUUAUGAAAGACUUAGGAAGAUUAAGAGAAAACUUGAUCCACGCAACUUAUUCUGGUGUCGCAGAUGUGUGGGAAGUGAGGCAUUGGCAGAGAGUAAGGAUGGGCGGUUAUGCCAGGCGAGCGCCAGGGACGGCCAUGAUGAGCUUUAG